AUGGUAGCAGAGGACAUCAUCUCUCAGAGGUACGAUGAUAUCGUCAAGAGCCCGUCAGAUCAGAGAGAGUAUCGAGGACUUGAACUCACAAAUGGCCUCCGGGUACUACUGGUAUCGGAUCCUACUACAGAUAAAUCUGCCGCUGCAAUGGAUGUUAAUGUCGGAAGCCUGAUGGAUCCAUGGGAGUUGCAAGGGCUGGCGCACUUCUGCGAGCACAUGCUCUUUCUUGGUACUGACAAAUAUCCGAAGGAGAACGAAUACCAAGGUGUAAGUCAUGUAAAUGAAACUGUCCUGGUAGAAUUUUCAGGCUACUCGAUUCCCCAGAAUCUUAACCUCAUCUUUUUC